AUGGCCAUGGUGAUUACUACUCAGAUUCAAAACAACUUUUGCUACGACUGUGAAGCUCCAAUCAACAACCAGAUUCAAUUACAACUCUAUGCAGCCUACGUGUACCUGUCUAUGGCAUUUUACUGUGAUCGGAAGGAGGUGGAUCUGGGCCACUUUUCACGGUUCUUCUUACAGCAGUCACACAAGUGGACCCAGCAAUCCAAGAAACUCCUGUGGAUCCAGGAGGAGCGCGGCAGCCACGUCUCACUGAACCGAAUUGACAAGCCUAAAGACCACAACUGGCACGGUAUCUUCCAGGUGAUAGAAUAUGCCUUUAAUUUAGAAAUAGCCAUCACUGAGAGCCUUCUGGAGCUGUAUCAUCUGGCUACCAGAAGAAGAGAUGCACAGCUCAGCAAUUUCUUGAAGCAUCAUUGCCUGCCACAGCAACUGGAAACCCUUGAGGAAUUAGACAGUUUCCUAAUGAAUCUGCGCAAGAUAUGGGCUCGCCGUGGCCUUGAGAACCUAGUUAAAUAG